GCAGUAAUAUGCUUUCUUCCCUCUUUGCUCAGUCUUUUGGUUCUAGACUUCUAGUUAUACUUUGCAAAGAGAAACAGAGAGAUGGGGAAUUGCCAGGCCAUUGAUAAUGCUUCUCUACUGAUACAACACCCAAAUGGUAGAGUUGACAAGCUGUAUUUGCCUGUCACUGCCAGUGAAAUCAUGAAGAUGAAUCCUGGCCAUUAUGUUGCUCUCCUUCUCACCACAACCAUCUGCCCAGCAACUUCUUCCACCACCACCACCGCCAACACCAAAGCCACUAAACAUAGCAGCAAUACAGACUUCAAAAGCAACAGUCCUGUUCGAAUUACACGAAUUAAGCUUCUUAGGCCAACUGAUUCAUUAGUUCUUGGCCAUGUUUAUAGACUGAUAACUACUCAAGAGGUUAUGAAAGGCUUGUGGGCAAAGAAGUAUGCAAAAAUGAGGAAGCAGCAGUCAGAGUCAUCUGAGAAGCAAGUGAACUUGACAGCAAAAGAAAUUUCAGAUUUUGAGGCAGCAGUUAGAAAAUAUGAGAUGGAAAGAACCAGCCAGACAAAGCACGAAAGGCACAGGACAAAGACAUCUCAAUCAGCAAGCACUAUUGCUGCCAAGUCAAAAGCAUGGCAACCUUCAUUACAGAGCAUCUCUGAGGCUGCAAGCUAAUUUUCUCUCUUCUUAAGUUAGCCUAGGAUGUCGUCCCUAGGGGUUUUUGUGGAGACUAUGACCAGCCAAAGCAAAUAGACUGUAAUUUCUGAGAGGAGCUGGUGCCAAAAAGCUCCAAAAGGAUAAAGCAAUUGUUGAAAAAGAUGUAUAGUACCAGAGAAAGCAGCUCAUUAUUGCAAGGAAUUAAUUGAUCAGCUGUUUUCUUAAUAGAACAGGGCUUUGGUUUCAAGCAUAAAGAUAGCUUUUCUUUGUUCUUGUUAUAUACUUCUCAAUAUUCCUAGCAAA